UUUUAUAAAAAUAGUGGUAUCUAACGCAUAAAUAUAAUGGAGUAUAGGGAUAAUAUCAAUGACUUGAUCUAUUGGUGAAAGAGGGUUGAACUUCAAACAACGCACAUGAAUGUGGGAGUCACCGAGAAAAACAAACGCUUUUGUAAAUCAAGUAGAUUAUCAAUUAACGGCAUUCUGUAGCAAUGGUAGCCAAAAUGGGGCUGAUGGCAUAAUCUUAAUCAACCUACAGCUUUACUGCAACUCGUGCUAAUUUGAUUAGUAAGGAUUUAAUUGAACUUCAUUUUCUUUACGAUUGUUGAAGCAAUCUCUACCUACAUUAUUUUUUCGAUAGCUAUUGUGUAAGGCACCUAUCUAAGCAGACUUAGUAUAUGAAGUUAGAAAUUAGAUCAGCAUCAAUCCCUAAGUGAAUUGUCGAGAAUGUGUUCUUACUUAGGAGGAAUUAUAAAUUAAAUCUUAAAUAAUUACCACCUAAUUACUAUUUACAAUGUCCUUACAGUCACCACCACAGCCUUGAUUAUAAGUCGUCAUCCUGCGCGACAAAAUGAUAAAAUAAUCAUACAUUAAAGGAAACGCCACGUUGCACACCGGCGAGUGGUAAUCAAAAAUGAUAAUAAUACAAGUUGGGAGGCUGUGGUACCCCGAACUGCAGGGGCUGACAACCGCUGGCGAAUAUUGGUGGCAUGCAGCAGUACAAAUUGCGCACGGUUUUCUUUUCAAUAUAAGUUAUAAUUUCCUUUAAUGACCAUCUAUCCAUCUUUAAGUGAUUGAAUCCACGUAGAACUUAAAUUUUCAUAAAAUUAAAUAGUUUCUUAUUUGUUUUAUGCAGCUGUAAAUAUUUUCUGACCAGUACCUUUUUGUUUAAAUAUUCACCUAUAAAGGUUUACCACCCCUGCAGUACUACCCGGUGGCCGAAUACCAUGGUACAGGGUCUACACGGGUCAGUGUACAGGUACACUCGCGUGGUACGCGGGCCGCCAGGAGUUAUAAGGUGCGCAGACGCCGCCGCAGGACUAGUGCUUGUCCAACCAACACAUUGCUAACAUGAAGGCUGCUCUGUGCGUCGUCCUCCUGGUGGUGGCCCUGGCAUCGGGCGCCGAGGAGAAGAAGAACGAGAAGCGAGGCUUGCUAGGCCUCGGCUACGGGCUCGGCGGCGGCCUCGGCCACGGGUACUACGGCGGGCACGGGCUCGGCCUGUACUCGCACAGCGCGCCGCUCAUCAGCCACAGCGCGCCGAUCAUCAGCCACAGCGCGCCCAUCAUCAGCCACGGCUACGGCUUCGGCGGCUACGGCGGCCUCGACCACGGCUACGGCGGCUUGGGGCUCGGCCACGGGGUCAUCGCGUCCGCCCCCAUCGUGUCACAUGGCUACUCUGCCCCCCUCCUCGGCGGUCACUAUGGAGCUCCGCUGCUGGGGCUGGGCCAUGGCUGGCAUUGAGCCCACAGCUAACGUAAUAUAAGUCCUGUCUGUGAAUGUGUUUGUUUAGUGCCAAAUUAGUUUACUUGAAGGUUGAUUCGACGCAAAAUUUUUAAUUAAUAAAUAUUUUUUAUUUUUCAUUUAAA